ACUGUUACGUUUCCCCUCUUCUUUUCACGAUGAAAUAAUUUCGUUCCCAAACUUUUGACAUAUCAGAGAGUAAAGUGUUAGGGUUUUUCUUCCUUCUCCCUUUACUCGCCCUUUUCCCUCCUUUCUUCUUCGCGCCGGACUCACCCCUCUCCAAUCGCACCACCAUCACUCACGCCGCUCUUCACCUUCACGUCACGGUGGUAACCACCCCAGAACUCAGAGUGGUUUAGCAUAACAGACAGCGAAAUGGGAACAAAGGCAAAGAAAGCUAUGAAGAAGAACAUGAAAAUGGCUUCCUCUAAACAGCCAUCUCAGGGUGCUGAUUUUUUGCCCUUGGAAGGUGGUCCUGCUCGCCAGAUCGCCGAACAGAAGCCGCUGGAGAAUACUUCCACGGUAUUGCACGUGUCCAGGAUUCCGCAUGGAUUCUAUGAGAAAGAGAUGGAAGGUUAUUUUGGGCAAUUUGGAACCAUCAAGAGGUUGAGAGUCGCGAGAAAUAAAAAGACAGGAAAAUCAAGACAUUUUGGGUACAUAGAAUUUGAAUCUCCUGAGGUAGCGAAAAUUGUAGCUGAUACUAUGCACAAUUAUCUCCUUUUUGAGCACCUUCUCCAAGUUCAUGUUGUACCUCCAGAGCAUGUUCAUUCAAGAUUAUGGAGAGGAUUCAGUUAUCGUCACAAGCCAUUGGAUUAUGUCCAAAUUGAACGGAAGCGUCAUGACAAGGAAAGAACCUUAGAAGAGCACAAAAAAUUGGUGGAGAGGAUUCUAAAACAUGACCAAAAACGACGGAAAAGGAUAGAGGCUGCUGGCAUUGAUUUCGAAUGCCCUGAGAUCAUGGGUAACAUCCAGCCUGCUCCAAAGAAAAUAAAGUUUGAUGACUGAGUUGGUAAUCCGACUCAUCUUCAAAAAAUGUUUUUGCUGAAUUCCCUGAGAAUAUAGUGCUGAGCUACCAUGGUCACGAGUGUUCACAACUGUAGAGUCUCCUGGUUUAGGAUUUGUAGUAUUAUUAUUUUUUGCUGUUUUGGAACUUAACUCUGAAACCUUGUAUCCCUCAAAUGUUUACUGGAAGCAUGGUCCAUUUUAUAUAUUCAUCAACUUUUAAAG